GUGACAGCCACUCCUCCGCACGGGGAACAUUAAAGCAGACUCUGCAAAAAGCCAAACAACAACAGACAAAAAAAAACCAUGAUGUCUUAAAAUAAUUAUUCUGAAAAUAGUUUUUCUUCUUGCUUUUGAUUUUUUUAUUGAACGCAGGAACUGUAUACCUACCUCUGGACUUUCAGUCGUCACCAGAAUGGUCCUUGUUUCUUUGUUGCUGGGGUUUGCUGCAUUUAUUCUCCACAGUGCUAUGCUUAAAGAGCUUCCAGCACCCGUCGUGUCUGUGUGGCCUCCGGGGUUAGAACUCUACAGUGGAGAGUCUGUGUUUCUGCAGUGCAAAAUGGAGUCAAACUCUACUCUUACCUGGACUUACCAGUGGUACAAGAACACAUCAAAGACUCCUCCAACCACAAGCCAUCGACACUCGGUCUCCGGUGACAGCUAUUCCAUCACGGCAGUAAAAAGGGAAGAUGCGGGCAGCUACUGGUGCAGAGCAGAGCAGAGAGAGAGCAACGUCGUUACUGAGGCCCGGGUUGUGCUCAACGUGUCAGGGCGGCCUCCUCCCUUACUGACUCUGACUCCCAGCACCAGACAGUUCUUCGCAGGGGAGCGUUUCACCCUGCAGUGUCCUGCAUCUCAGUCUGCCUCGGGCUGGAAGCUGAGGCAUUUCUCUCCUGGACGUCCAGACAGGAUCACAGUCGAUCAGAAAAGGACGUGUCCACCACUAGAUGGUGCUAUCAGAGCAAACACGUCUGAUGGAUGUGUCUUCACGGCUGCCAGUGGGAACAGUGGACUGUACUGGUGUGAAGGAGCAGGGGGCCGCAGCAGUGCAGUCAACAUCACAGUAAGCUAUGGUAACAUCAUCUUGAAGACUCCAGCCUUCGCUGUAGCCGAGGGAGAUAAAGUGGUCUUGUCCUGUCAUUACAAGAUAGGCAAUCAGGGGAAAACAAUCUUCCUUAAGGGGAAUGAAGGGGAAAUCUUUACUUCCAACUCUUCCAGUUCAGACAAAGCCAUAAAUUGGACUACUGAGAAUGUGACACCCAAAGAUGAAGGCCUGUACAGGUGUGUAUCUCAGGAUGGAAAGAUGGAGAGCCCAGCAAGCUGGCUAUCGGUGACUCCCGACAGAGGAACCUGGAAAUGGAUCAUUGUGACAUGCAGCAUUGUGCUUCUGUGUCUUAUUCCUCUGACUGUUUGGUUAGUUAAGUGCCACAGGUGUCCGACACUUUGCACUUCCAGCUGGUGGCCACUUGUUAAAGAUGAUGUACCAGCAGUGCCGCUUCCUGCAACCAAGCAGGAUGUGACAGAAGUGCAGUGGGACUUGUCCUGGAUGGAGAUGUCCAGUCUACUGGAUAAGCAGUUAUAUCCUGGCACUUAGAGGGUAGCGGCCAUCUGAAGAAGAUAGAAAACUGCCAGUUCACUGUGUCAGUCUGGUAAAUAGACCAGAGCCUUUUCAGCAUGAGAUGAUUUUCCUGCAAGGAUUUCUUCUUUAGUGACAAUAGAAAAACAAGCAUAGAGAUUUUAUAGUGACUUCAAAUGUUUAUACAGAUUAACACACAAAUUCGAUUUUACAAUUACAAUGAAGAAGAAACAAAACAGACACCGGGUUAAUGCCUAAUUUCUAUUUGCUUGAGUGCUCUUAUGAGAUACAUCCGUUAUUAUUUCUAUGGGACCCGGAGUAAUCGCUGACAAAGUUGCUAAACAUCUUUCGUAUUUGUGUUUUUUUUUCGAAGUGUGAUUUGCCCUGCACGUGUUGAAAAUGUUCAACUUGUGCUGGUAUUAGAGAGAACGUAUAAGCUACAGUGUGCUAGCAUCCAGUUCUAGUUCGCACUGGGCAAAUAACAUGCAGGCUUUUGAAAAAUUAACUUUCAUUUGUUUGACUAUGUAGUAGUCAAACACAGGCAAUAGUUAGAAACCAGUUUCCCACGGCAGCGACAAGUGGGCAUUAACAACAUUAGCAUAGUUAGCAUUGAUUUGAAGCUAAACUGUCCAUAAUGUCAGGUAAUCAACCUGCAUGAACUACAGAUCGGGCCUCUGGUGUAUUCAACGCAACAAGAAAACUUGUUGGCUUGAUGCUAACACUAACAAGUGCUCCUAAUGCUACCUUGUUGCUGCAAUGAGAAAUAAACUUAUUUUUUAGUUUAUAACUAACAGUUUUAUUUUGAUUGUGUUAAUCAAAUACUUGUGUUAGACUGUGUUACUGUUGUGUGAAUAUUUUAAAGACAACAAUAAAUUGCUG